ACAAUAUGCAAAAGAAAACCCACCUUUAAUUUCUAGCAAUCAAUCCUCUUAUUAUACUUAGUCUAUUCAGAAAUUUGUUGCAAGAAUCUAUGGAUACUCAGAAGCAGCAGUUAUUGAAUAGUAAGUACUCUCAUAACUAUAAUAGGCAAUUAGUUGAUGAUCAAGAAGAAGACGUACCGUUGCCUGGGUUUCGGUUUCAUCCCUUGGAUGAAGAGCUUGUUGGAUUUUAUCUGCUGAGGAAGGUUGAGAAUAGACCCAUCAGUAUGGAACUCAUCAAGGAGAUUGACAUCUACAAAUACGAUCCUUGGGAUCUUCCAAAAGGCAGUAAUGCAGGAGAGAAGGAGUGGUACUUCUUUUGCAGAAGAGGCAGGAAGUAUAGGAACAGCAUAAGACCCAACAGAGUCACCGGAUCUGGUUUCUGGAAAGCUACCGGCAUCGAUCGUCCAAUUUAUUCCGGCGAUGGAUCAGUCUGCAUCGGCCUUAAGAAAUCUCUCGUUUACUACCGUGGCAGUGCCGGAAAAGGCACCAAAACCGAAUGGAUGAUGCACGAAUUCCGUCUUCCACCACCUCAUUCCGACAACCAAAUCGACGAUAAAUCCAUCGCUCUAGAAGCUGAAGUAUGGACAUUGUGUAGAAUUCUAAAGCGAUCUCCGAGCCACAAAAAAACCUUACCAGAAUGGAGAGAAAUCUCGACCAGUAAAUCACCGCCCGUGGUUGAUACAAGCAGCGGAGACUCCGAUUACGAUAUGCAAAGUUACAUUAGCUUUCAAGCUCCUGUAAUCAAUGAAAAUAAACCAUUCGUUCAUACUCAUCACCAACAACAACACCUCCAUGGAUCAAACCAGUUGAUUAUGGGACAGUUAACAUCGUCGACAGUAACAUCCGAUCAACCUCCAUCGACGACGGCAUCAUGCUCUAGCUUCUCCGGUCUAGAUGUGAACCAGUUCAUUAAGCAUGGAGAUUGGGAUGAUCUUAGAUCAGUUGUGGGCCAAUUUUCAGUUGCCGAUCCUUUUUCAUUCACGUAAUAUUGCUGGGUUGUAAUAUUGAGUAUAGAAAAUUGUAUAGAAUUGU